CGGCGGCGGCCACCCGCGCCCCGGGCGCGCAGCGGUCAUGGAGAGGGCGGCCCAGGGCGCAGACGGCGGCGGGGGCAGCAACAGCAGCAGCCGGAGCAGCAGCCGCGCCACCUCGGCGGGCUCCUCGCCCUCCUGCUCCCUGGCUGGCCGAGGGGUGGCCGGCCGCUCGGCGGCGGCGGGACCGGGCGGCGGCGGCAGCCGCAGCAGCCCCGGCUCGGUGGCCGCGAGCCCGUCCGGAGGAGGCGGCCGCAGGAGGGAGCCGGCGCUCGAGGGCGUGCUCAGCAAAUACACCAACCUCCUCCAGGGCUGGCAGAACAGGUACUUUGUGCUGGAUUUUGAGGCUGGCCUCCUGCAGUAUUUUGUGAAUGAGCAGAGCAAGCAACAGAAGCCCCGAGGAGUCCUGUCUUUAUCUGGAGCCAUCGUGUCCCUGAGUGACGAAGCUCCCCACAUGCUGGUCGUGUACUCUGCCAAUGGAGAGAUGUAUAAGCUGAGAGCUGCUGAUGCGAAGGAGAGACAGUUCUGGGUGACUCAGCUCCGCGCGUGUGCCAAAUACCACAUGGAGACCAGUUCCAAGACCACUCCAGGCUCCCGCAGCCGAAGCCUCACUUUGCUCCCCCACGGAACACCCAGUUCUGCGUCUCCCUGUAGCCAGAGACACCUCAGUGCGGGCGCCCCCGGUGUUGUCUCAGUCACACAUCACAAGUCGCCUGCCGCCGCCCGAAGAACCAAGAGUCAGUAUCCCGGCCAGCUUCACGAAGUCAGAGAGAUGAUGAACCAGGUGGAGGGUCAGCAGAAGAACCUGGUGCAUGCGAUCGAGGCUCUGCCAGGCUCCGGCCCCCUCACUGCCCUGGACCAGGACCUGCUUCUCCUCAAGGCCACCUCCGCUGCCACCCUCAGCUGCCUCGGCGAGUGCCUCACCCUGCUGCAGCAGAGCGUCCGCCAGGCCGGCCCGCCCAGCCACAAGCCAGGAGCCUCGGAAACCAUCCUGGGAUGGCAUGGGCCCAUGUCACAUUCCACAGACCAGCUGAAAAAUGGGACCCUUGGCUCUUUGCCUUCGGCCAGUGCCAACAUAACGUGGGCAAUUCUACCGAACUCGGCUGAAGAGGAGCACAUCUCACAGCCAGAGCCAGAGCCAAACUCAGGCCCUGAGCUGGUUUUGUCUGAGGAAGAACAAAGCGACAAUGAAGAUAAGGAAGAGACGGAGCUGGGCGCCAUGGAGGACCAACGCAGUGUAAUCCUUCACCUCAUCUCGCAGCUCAAGCUGGGCAUGGAUUUAACCAAGGUGGUCCUUCCCACGUUCAUCCUGGAGAAGCGCUCCUUGCUGGAGAUGUACGCAGACUUUAUGGCACACCCCGACUUGCUGCUGGCCAUCACGGGCGGGGCGACGCCCGAGGAGAGAGUCAUUAGCUUCGUGGAGUAUUACCUCACGGCCUUCCACGAGGGCCGCAAAGGCACCCUGGCCAAGAAGCCCUACAACCCCAUCAUCGGCGAGACCUUUCACUGCUCCUGGGAGGUCCCUAAGGACAGAGUCAAGUCGAAGUGGACUUCCUCCAACUCUCCCCUCAGCUGUCAGGAGCACCCGGUGGCCGACGACCCCUCUCAGAGCUAUAAACUCAGGUUUGUGGCUGAGCAGGUGUCUCACCACCCGCCCAUCUCCUGCUUCUACUGUGAGUGCAAGGAGAAGAGACUGUGUGUCAACACUCACGUAUGGACCAAAAGCAAGUUCAUGGGCAUGUCCGUGGGGGUCUCUAUGAUAGGGGAAGGUGUGCUUCGGCUCUUGGACCACGGAGAAGACUAUGUCUUCACACUGCCCAGUGCCUAUGCCCGCUCCAUCCUCACCGUCCCGUGGGUGGAGCUUGGAGGGAAGGUCAGCAUCGGUUGUGCCAAGACCGGGUACUCUGCCACUGUGACGUUCCACACAAAGCCCUUCUACGGAGGGAAGGUCCACAGGGUCACAGCAGAAGUGAAACACAACCCAACCAACACCAUCGUCUGCAAAGCACACGGGGAGUGGAACGGCACGUUGGAGUUCACCUACAGCAAUGGGGAGACCAAAGUCAUCGACACGACUGCCCUGCCUGUGUAUCCAAAGAAGCUUCGACCUCUGGAGAAGCAGGGGCCCAUGGAGUCCAGGAACCUCUGGCAGGAAGUCACCCACUACCUGCGGCUUGGGGACAUCGAAGCUGCCACAGAGCAGAAACGGCGCCUGGAGGAUAAGCAGAGGAUGGAGGAGCGGAAACGGGAGACCCUUCGCACCCCUUGGCGGCCCAAAUACUUCAUCCCAGAGGGCGAUGGCUGGGUGUACUUCAACCCCCUCUGGAAGACACACUGAUGGGUGGCGGUGCAGUGGCGCCCUUGAUAGGCCUGAUGUUUAGGAAUAAAGUGGUACAGUAUCAAGAUUUUGUUGGCAUUUGCGGAAACCUCUUGUGAGCAUCCAAGUCAGAGAAAGGGGUCAUAUACUGUGAAAUGUGCACCCCAAAUUCUGCCCGAGGAUUUAUUCAAGAGCCAGCUGAGGCAUGUGUGCAUACAUCUGCACACACCAAGGCUGAACUGGGUAAUCUUGAGCUCCUUUUUAUUCACAAGGUUUGAUGUUUUGUAUUUUUCACUUUGCCAAGGUAGUUUUACACUUAUGAAGGUCUUUUCCACUCACCAACUCCUGUCACAGUGCAGGUUGAAGCAGCAUGGCCAAAUGAAGUCCCUGUCUGAAAAAGGAACUCAUUCCUGGCAGAAGGGUGGGUGGCUACCCUUUGCUUGUUAUGAUCCACGUCCAAGGUUGUCUGUCCACACCUGGGAAAGAGCAAGUAGGCCUUCCAGUUGGACAAGGGGACAGGAAGCCCCUGGAGGCUGAUGUGGAGCCUUCUAGAAGGGGGAGUGGCUUUGGAUGAAUCAGAGCCAGACCCACCAGGCAGUUUUAUCCCAUCUUUCUGACACUUCUCAUGCCCAAAGUAUGAGCACCUAUGUUCUGCACAGCAGAAAACACAUCACAGUCACAACAAAGGGCUCCAGAAGGUCAGUACACGCAUGCAUACACUACAAAAACCACCACUGCCUCAUAUCUAGUUGGGGAAAGAGAACAAAUAAAUAGUCUUGUGUAUUAUUAUUAUUUUUUUCUUGAUUUUGACCCAAACUGCCAGGAAGCCACUGUAACUAGGACAGACAUGAGACCGUGGGGCCCACUGUCCCAGCUGAGUGUCAGUCUUCAGCCUUCACACAGGUCAAACUUGGACCAAACAAACUUGAGAAAAGUAAAGUUUAACUUGAUUUUUGCUCAGUGCUUACUUUAUCUUUACCAUGCCACCCCAUAUUUAUAAAAUUCAGUAGCAUGAACGCUUCUCUGUAGUAAUACUAAUUUUGUGCCUUUUGUCUGCUUUCUUAAGACCAACUAUUGACACUUUGUAGACAUUAGACAAAUAUAUUUCGAUUAAAUAA